GUAUCCUGUUACAGUCACGUUGAGGAUGCAGUUGCUGUCUUUCUGUAAUUUUCUCCAGUCCAUCUGGAGAUAGGUUGUAUUGCUCACUUUCUGAGCCCUUGUUUACGUGGUGUGGAUAUGGUUGUGUUGCUUACUUUCUGAGCCCACAUUGACAGUGCAGUGCAUCUUGUGAUGAAAUAACUCAGGGUAUUUAUACCAGUGGUUAAUUCUGAGUAGAGAGAGAUAUCCUUUUAGAGACCUUGGGCGAAGCUGAUCAUACUUAGUUUUCAACACGUGUUAGACUCAAUGGCAUCUUUUCUGAAGGUUUUUCAGAGUCAACCAAAAAAUGGCUCAAAACCUUGGCUGCAUCCUCCUGACUCUCUUCUCAAGGGACAUAUCCUUUACCAUGUGAAGUUUUUAGGUGAGUGUUUGGUUGAUCAGCCAAAGGGGACUGAAGUGGUGAAAGAUGCUAUUCGAAAAAUGAAGUUUAACAAGCACAUCAAGCGAGCAGAGGGGCAGAAGCCUCCUAAGGUGGAUCUGACCAUAUCUGCAGAUGGUGUAACUAUUCUAGAUCCUAAAACAAAGACGAUUCUACACCAGUAUCCACUGCACAGAAUCUCGUAUUGUGCAGAUGACAAAUCAGACAAAAAACUGUUCACAUUCAUUGCUAAGGCACCAACCAGCAAUGAACACUUUUGCUACGUCUUGGCAAGUGACAAAUGUGCAGAGGAGAUUACUCUGACAGUGGGGCAGGCAUUUGACUUGGCAUAUAAACGUUUCCUAGAAUCAGGGUCUCCCGCUGGCAGUGACACAGACUACAAGAAACAGUGCCUUCUAUUGCAGCGUACAGUGCAGAGACUGCAGUUUGAAAAUGACGCUUUGAGAAAACGCAUUGAAGAACUUGAGAAAAUGAAAGAUCGGUCUGAUUUGGAAGAGUACAUAAAAAAUAACCAGUUGUCCAGCCUGUCUUCUGUUACUCUCACCCUUACUGAUGCCUCAUUUGAUGAGGAUGAAUCUACAGAUGAUGUUGAUGUGGAGCCACAAAGGCAGCAGUCUGUUGUUGGGCGUCGCCUUGAGAACCUGAUCUUUGACAACAACACAACUCAGACUAACGGCAGCAGCAGUUCCCCUAAUUCUCCAACUCCUAUUUUAAGCCCACCUCCACCAUCAGCACGCAGUCACCGCAGCCAGGUCAUCAUUGGAGGAACUACAGCAGCAGGAGCAGCAAAUCAACCAGUUCGACAGCAGUCGGUAGAAACACAAGCUCAAGCAAAUCCCUUUGCAAGUCCUGUCAGCAGUCCUUUCUCUUCUGGAGAUGAUCCUUUUGGUAUGGGUGCAUUUAAUCCUGGGAAAAAAACAGCCAACUCCUUCUUGGCUCUCCUCCACAGGAGGAACUGAUGGAUAUUCAGGCUGGAUUCAGCAGAGGUCUUUCAUUUGGACAAGAUGACUUCAACUUGGGUGACCUCGACCCAUUAAAUCAGCGACUUUAAAUCUUUGGUCUAAAUGACGGCAUCAGGGAUUCUUCGGCAUCAUACGAUGAUGCAUUAACAAUACUCAGAGGCCAGCAUCCACUUAAGAAAAAUUCGUGGCCAUUGUGUUUUACCGCCACUGACCAUGGUUUAUAUUUUGCAUUGUUUGUGUUACAUUCCUGGAACUGUAUGUGUAAUGUCUGUUCUAAAUAAUACUAUUGCUACUAAGGAACACUUCAAACGACAUUACACAUUCCAGAAAAAAAAAAGGAAAAAAACUAGAUAAAACCUCGAGUGGCACUGUGAACAAGUGGCAGUUCAGGAACAUCAAGUAGCAAGCACCAGAUCUAGAGUCUGGAGGUAUUUCACUUCUUGAGGUUCAAGAUUCAAAGUAGUGACAAGUUUAUUCUGCCUCUGCUACCUGCAAAUAUGUGGACAUUUUUAAAAUUUAUAGUGUAAACCUGCUGGGCUUUUUGACAGAAAUGAAUGCCAGUCAACAUUUUUUUUUUUUUAAUUUUGUUGACUAUUUAAAUUCAUUGAAUGAGAAUACAGAGCCAUGGUGAAUGUGCCUGGCAUUGUCUGCUUUUAAGGGUAAUGUGAUUUUUGUGUAGAGUUAGGGGUUCUUUCUUAAUUUGCAUUGUACUCAUUAGAUGUAUUUUGUGCAUGGGUGUGUGUGUGCUUGUGUGUGUGUUUGAAUAUGAGAAGUUCAGUAGUUUGUGGCUUGGAGUAGGUUCUGUAGUGGUUAGUGUGUUUGACUGUUGAGCAGAAGGUUGUUGAUUCAAGGCCAGAAAAUUUGAACCCUUGCCCACCUAGCAACUGCAUGGGUAAACGCUACCUGAUUUAUCAGGGAAGGUAAAGACCAUGAAGAAGAAGGUCGGGCCCCAGCUUCCUCUCGUCAUGCUCUAUUGAUUUACAUUCUCUUUUUCUAGGUCAUAAGCUGUGGUACUCUUUCCCUUUCUUUGCUAUGUAUAUAUGCAAAUCUGUUAUGAAUUUGAGGGAGAAUAUUUACAUUAUUUGCUAUUAGUUUCUGAAAAAUCUUAACAUACUGGUUUGGUUGAUAAACUUUAGUACAAGUGGAUGUAUUUAAUUUUUUUUUAUUUACAAGAGUUAAUGGAUUGGUUAAUAUGCUUCUCCCUGCCUAUGAUUUAGCGCUAUGGGGAAAACGUAAUGAAGUGGGAAGAAACUAAAGUAUCAGCAAAAGAUCCUGAUGUCCUAUCCAGAUAUGCCCUUAACUUCUCUAUAGAAAUGACAAAUACAUCCACAUUUACCUGGUGGACCAUCUUUUAAUUUACAUUCCAUUUACACUGCUCUAGGUACUUUGAUUCUCAACAUUUGAUUAAUAAUGUUACAUCUAAGCACUUUCAGUGCCAGGUUGAAUGUCUUCAGAGCAUUCACAUUCUAUCUGGUAUCUCCACAUUAAUAUGUACAGUUCAAGAAAUUUGUGAUUAAAAGACCUUUGACAUAUAAGAACGUUUGCUUUUCAUAAGCAGAGUUCACCCAAGUAGUUAAUCUAAUCCAGAUUAGACUGAAGAUAUGAAUCAGCACCAUUACAAUCAAAGGAUGGGCACAUGGAUAGUAUUGAAUGAGUGGUCAUAAGGUCAAAAGUACACAUUUAAACAGGGUUCAAAGCUGAUAAUAUAAACAAAUGGCAAAUGGAAUUCUAGAAACAUUUUGCUCUUGGAUUAAUAUUAUCUUUUAUGACAAUAGAGCUGUUUUGUUUGGGUAUUUUUUAAAUGUCAGCUUUCUCUUAUUUUUGACAUGGUUAGUGCAAUAUAUAUAUGUGUGUGUGUAAAGGUUCACUCAACUAGUCAUUUUGACAUCUGUAACUGAUUAAUAAAUAAAAAGAAAAUUAGCAAUUAGACUUUAAUCUUAUUUUUCUGUUCUGCUUGUUUGCACUUCACAUCAGGGUCACUGGUGAAGAUAUUUAACAAAUGGUGCACGCGCUCGCACACCCACAGACACAUUCUGAUAAUGAGUCUGUUGCCUGAUUAUAGUUCCUCCCACUCACCCCCAUUACGAUGUUUUAAUACCUUCACUGUAGGUCAGGAUGUUCAUUUGAGCUUCAGAACAGAUUGUUAUUAUUACUUGCAGAGAAGCAAUGCAGUGUGAUAUAAAGACAUUUAAUUGAUUCUGAAACCAUUGUAGUUGUCACUUUAUUAACCACAUGGAUGUACCGUACUCACAGGGCCUAUUUUUGUAAUGCUGUUAUUACUUGCCUGCACAUUCCAUUGUUCAUAAUAUUUUUCCCAAGGUGUAGAGUUAGUAGCAUUUUAAAUUGCUGCAACAGAAGAUUUUUGUUUUUUGCAAUUAUUAUUUUGUUAUUGUUUUGAAUCACAUUAUUGUCAACUAGAUUUAUUCUUUGAUUUGAUCAAAGAGUGAAUGUGAUAUCAUAUCAUUAUGCCAAUGAUUGCCAUAAGAGGGUAUAUAGGAUCUGUGUGGGUAACCAGUUCCUGUUCACAAGAUUAUAUAAAUGGCUACAGCUUUUCCGCACACCUACCAAUCCCAUGCUUCUCUGUAGGUGUCUAUCUUUAGACAGCAGAAUAUAUUAGUGGCAGACUGCUGUUGCUGUGAUGCGCACAGCAUGCUAGGAUAUUUCACCACAUUUUAACUAGUAUUGAGAGCAAAGGAAGCCUGUGUCCCUUGUAAUGUCUGCAAAAAGUGAAUAUGGUCAUUAGGCUCUGGCUCAGGUGUACCUCAAAACCAUUUAGUACUGACAGGAAACUACAAAACUCUGAGAUUAAUAAUUCAUUCACCAGAGUUGUACUUAUGUAAGGAUUGCAAAUUAUAGCCAAAUUGGGAUAUACUUUUUCACCAACCCACCACCUUGACCUAUGAGUCUCACUGGCGGCCUUUGCCCCUGACUUGAGAAUAUAUUAUGCGCUGCUGCCCCCUUCUAAAUGUUUGAAAACUUGUCUGUUGCAUUUACUUUUAUAGCUGGCCUAAAUUUCGCUAAGUUUGUUUUUUUCAAGACAUUUUCCUAGCAUAUUCUGGGGAGUGGUGGUUAUCUUCUUUCUAGUUAAUUCACAUACAUUAACACACAGGUAUUUUGGAAUAUAUGCAUUUAUUAUUUAAUCAUUCUUUUUAAGUAAUUGAAAAUUGUUCUCGAUCAUUGUUCCAACGUUUCUUGCAGCUAAGUUAAAAUAUGAAGAAAUGGUGUGUAAAAAAUGUAGUUGAAAAUACUUUUGUAAUAAUACAGACAUUUCAAACAUUG